AAUUGCUCUUACUUAUGUGUUUAUCUAACUUUGGUAGUUUCAGCCCAUCGUCUUUACCUACACAGUGUCAUGUACCGUCAUCAGACAAUUAUUCCGUAUGAUUGAUUACCAUCAUAUUAUCAGGUACUUGAAGUAAGGGCAUGGCUUCUAAGAAAGUGUUACACCCUUCUGCGGAGACCGCUGGGGAAAUACUCAUUGCAUGGAAAAAAUUUACCGCUACCAACCCUGAAGAACUCACAGUAGACGAGGGUGACGUCUUGGAACUUAUUGAUACAGCUGAUCCAUCUUUAGCAGCUUCGAAAAGAAGAAAGCUUGACCCAGAUCUUGAUGUUGUGGCUGAUACAGGACGUUUGGAUGCAUCGGCAGCAAAACACAAAUUAUCUGUUAAACCCCGAAGAACCCACACAAGUUCUAGAUAUUCUCCAACAAGGAGUAAUUUAAGCGUCAGAUGGCUUGUUCGAAAAGUAAAAGGAGAUCGAAAAGAAGGCUGGGUCCCGUGCCAAUUUUUGCAGAGCGCGGAUGAACCUAAUCCUACUUCAGGACUUCCAGGAGAUGCAGCAUUCAGGCGCCAAGCUGUUGUGAAAGAACUGGUGGAAACAGAACAAGAAUUCGUCAGGGAUUUGGAUGCAGUUGUUCAAGAUUAUUUAAUACGCGCAGAAUCGACCAAAGUUCCAAAAAUAGUUAAGAAAAAUUUAGAAGUUGUUUUCGGCAAUUUCAAAGAAAUUUCAGAAUUUCAUAGAACGGUGCUAAUGGAAGGAGUUAAGUACUAUGCCAAUGAGCCAAACCUUCUUGGCAAAGCCUUCUUGAGGCUCGAACGCGAUUUCGAUCAGCAUGUUAAUUAUUGCAGUAACGAACCAUUCGCACAGGCUUUCCUCGAAUCAUGCCAAGAAGCUAGUGACUAUUUUGACGAAGUGUCACAACGACUCGGUGACGACAAAACUCUUUCCGAACAUUUGAAGCUUCCGAUUCAACGCAUUAACGACUACCAACUUCUCUUAAAGGAGUUGGUAAGGUAUAGUGAGUGUCUAGGCGAAGACAGCACCAAUCUCCAGAAAGCUUUGGAGUUGAUGCUCAACAUUCCCCACAGGGCACAAGACGAUAAGUUUAUUUCAAGUAUAGAAGGAUACCGUGGAAGUAUUCACAAGCUUGGACGUCUUCUUUUGCACGAUUGGUACUCUGUCACAUUUGGAGACGUUGUCAAAGAAAGAUAUCUCUUUCUAUUCAAAGCACGCAUUCUGGUUACUAAAGUUAGAAGAGUAUCAGAAGAUAGAUCUGUCUUCCAGCUGAAAGAUAUUAUAAGGUUACCACAAGUUGAAGUAAAGGAUCACCCAGAAGAUUCAUAUUCGUUUGAACUCAUAGACAAAGUUGGUGGGCACUCUCUGACAUUGAAAGCUCACCGUGAAGACAUCAAAUACGUUUGGUUGUCCGAAAUAAGGGAAUUUGCAACUGACGUAGAGGAACAAGCAACUGAAGAAUUGCAAAUUGUUCAGGAAUCGAGGUCGUCGAUAAGUGAAGCUUUAUCUCAAACUGUCGAUCAAGAUACUUCAUCAGCGCCACCGAAAAAACCGAGGUUAGAAGAAGCAACUGCAACUGUUUCAGUUGAACAACGUCAACAAAUAGUAGAAAAGAAAAGUGACGUCAAAUCGUUUGUUUCCAAAACAAACGCUGAAGAAAACGUCAAAAAGGAGAUUGUUACAGAAGAAACAAGUCACAAGGAAUUACAGAAAACAGAGGAAACUCUUACCAAACCAAUAAACUCAGAACCCCAAGCGGUCAAACAACAAGAAGAAAUCUCUAAGAAAUUAGUAACACCUAAAGAAGAAGUAACACCAGAAGAAGCUCAGAAACCUAAAGAGAUACCAAAACUAACUGAAACCAAAAGAUCUUCUAUCGAGUUAAGUUUAAAAUAUCAACCGAAACCUGAGCAAGUGCAAGUAACUCCGAAAAAGGAAGUCGCUGAAGUCAAAAAAGUUGAAACUCUUGAGGCACAAGCAAAAACUGUUGAAACAUUAAACCCAUCCCAAUUACCAGACAAUCCUAAAGUACCAGAGCAGCCAAAGCAAGUACAAAAUCCUACAAAAAAGCCUGACAAUCCAAAACCAUCAUCAAAUACCAAAGUAACUGUAAAUCCUAAUAAACAGGACAGUGUAGAACCUUCCAGUAAUCCCAAACCAAUUGGUAAUCCUAAAUCGGCAACAAAUCCUAAUCCGAAUCCAACACCUAUCAACCCUAAACCAAUCGAUAAUCCUACCCCUCCUGCGAAUCCAGGUAGAAAUCCAAAUCCGAACCCAAAUCCCACUGAAAAGUCAAGGGAAGCAGACAGAUCUCCAGUAAGGGUUGUAACAGCCCUCAAAGCCAAGAAACUUGAAUUUCCAUCUGAGGACUCCUCUGUGGAUAAUCUCACUCCAUUGGAGAGACGUCUUCCCAUUGAAGCUCCAGUUCCUGUUGGGGUCAAACCGGAUCCAUUUGGUUUGAUUGAUGAAACGGUGGUCACCGCACAGACCGGAAACGUUAGUGUUACUGUCGACUUAGUUGUCACUGAAGAAAUGAGUCGUAAAUAUACAUCACUGUCUUCCAAACCAGACAGUUACGAAUCGCCGUACAGCAGAAGGAUCACCAGUCAAUCGUCAUAUGGUAGCGAUGAUUAUUCACCAUCUUCUCGAUAUAGCACAGAUUCCGCUCUACCUUCCAGAUAUGGGUCAAAAUAUGACGAUUCUGGAGCGUUAGGGUCUAGUUAUACAAGGAAAUCCAUAUUAUCAGAGAAAGACGAUGCCGGAUCAAAAUAUGGGGAGUUAUCUGCAACCGGCUAUUCCAGAAGAUUCACACCCGAUUCAGGAGGUGAAGGACUUCUUACCUCGACGUCGUUGAGUAGAAAAUACGCUUUAGAAUCAGGGAAAGGAGACGAUUUAUCCAGUUCCAGUUACGCAAAAAAGUACCUCACAGACACGGGAGAAGGCGAUUAUACAAGAAAAUCCCUCACCUCGACAGAUUCAUCGGAUCUGGGUAGAUACACAAAGAGAACCUUACCGACCGGUGACGAAAGCUCGCUUACUACUUCUAAAUAUACCAGAAGAUCCGCUGGCUUGGGCGACGAAGAAAACACCUCGUCGACAAUUUCUAAAUACUUAAAAAGGUCCACCACAGGAAACGACGAUGGUACAGAGAUAACGUCAAAGUAUUCCAGAAGAUCGGUAACAACCGUCAGCGGCGAUGAUAACGACGACGAUGUGAAAAACAUCCUUAGCAAAUACUCUCGCAAAAAAUCAUCAUUGGACGAUGACAGCGAUAGCGUGCCAUCGAAAUAUUCACGUUUAACGUACGAGAAACGCGAAUCCAAGAAAACAACGGUAACAGCCGAUGAUGACGACGAAGAAACAGCAAGAAUUGAGGCAGAAAUGCGAAAAAAAUAUGCGCCUCCGUCUGUUAGAGGAUCAAUCGAGGAAAAGAGUUCAGAACACGGUCAGUAUAGUAUUUCAAGCGAACAAGAAAACAAACGUAUUCGAGAACCUUCUGAAAACAAAGAGGAAGAAAUAUCCUACAAGUAUAGAAAACACACCACCAGCGAAUACGAACAAUCUGCAGAAAAAGAAUACAGUUCCAAAAAAGAAUCAAAAGAAAGUGAAAACUAUUUGGAGACCGGUUCGAGAAGCAGUGCAAGACGUACUGAAGCACACUACGACAAUGAAGCUCUGAUAGGUCAAUGUGAAAAGAUUAUGACCGAAAAUACGAAGAGAUCGCAGGAAAAAGAACUAAGUUACAGCAAGAAAGAGUCUUCAACAGUAGUUAAUGGAGUGGAAAAGGUUGGUAGCACAGAUUCCGUUUCAACACAAUUCAAACUUACAAAAGACGCCAGUUUUUCAUCCAAAGGUGGAAGACCUCACUUUAUAAGAACAUUACAGGGAACGAAUGUAGAACCUGGAGAAACCGCCGUAUUCGAGGUGGAAUUGGAGACCGCUCCUGAUAGUUUUCAGUGGAUUAAGGACAAUAAACCGCUAAAUGGGGACCAAAGCAGACGCUACAAAACAAGCAAAACGAGUGAAGGAAAGGUAUUCAGUCUAAGCAUCGAAAGGGCCGAAUCAAAUGAUGCCGGAUUAUACACAGCCAUAGCAAGAAAUUCAUCUGGAAAAUCCACGUGUUCAGCACCACUUACAGUCCACGAAUUGACUGAAGGUGAAAGAAAAUGGAAAGCAGAAACAGACAAGCCUUACUUUGUCGUCCAACUAAAAGACACGGAGCUCCUUGAAGACACUUAUUUACGUUUUAUGGUUAAAGUCAAAGGAAACCCAAGUCCUUCCGUCCUAUUUUUCAAAGACGAUGUUCUACUGAAAGACUCAAGCGAUCGCUUCCAUAUUAUCAAAGAACAUGCUGAGAAAGGAUUUUAUGAAUUGGUCAUUCCCGAUGUGAAGCAUAACGAUGCGGGAAUUUACAAAUGUGUGGCCAGCAAUAAAUACGGAGAAGUAUCUUCGGAAGCCAAAGUAACCGUAGUCGAUUCUAAAGAUAUUUUCAAUGAAUGGCAAGACGAUAAUGAGUUAUUACCACCUGGACAGAAGCCUACAUUCCAUUGGAAAAAAGAUGGUGUGCCUUUUGAACCUGAAGAACGUUUCAAAGUUCUUCUCGGCGAAGACGAAGACUCUUUAGCUUUAAUCUUCCAGCACGUCAAACCCGAAGAUGCAGGACUGUAUACUUGCGUAGCCCAGACUUCUAGUGGGCACAUAAGCUGCAGUGCAGAACUCACCGUGCAUGGUGUUGUAAAUCAACUUUUCCGAGAGCCCGAAAAGCCUAAGCUUGUCUUCGAAAAACGGGAAGCAAUAGCUACUGCAGGUGAAUCAACAAUGUUAGAAGUUCAAGUAAAAGGUUAUCCGAAACCUCAAGUGAAGUGGACCCACGAUGGGAAACCUGUAGAACCUGGUGGCAAAUACAAAUUUUUAUACGAGGAUGAGGAGUCGAUGUCAUUAGUAAUCAAGAAUGUUGAAGCAUCAGACGCGGGAACAUACCAAGUGUCGGCCAAAAAUGAAUUGGGAGACGAUAGUGCAGAUGUGACAUUAAACGUUAAAGCUGCGCCAAAAAUCAAAACAAAAAUGGAAGAUGUAACGGAAUCCGCUGAUUUAACAUUGAAAAUUCCAGUAAUUGUCCAGGGUCUUCCAAAGCCAGAAGUCCAUUUCUACAAAGAUGGUCAGUUGUUGAAAGAAAACGAUCGCAUACAGUUCGCUGAAGAAGGGGAAAAGCACACACUCAUUAUUAAAAAAACUGAUCUUAAAGACUCAGGAUCCUACUCUAUUGUGGCCUCAAAUGAAGUAUCUCAAGUGUCGCAGUUUUGGAAUCUUGACAUUUAUACUAAACCCAAAAUCAUCAAAAAAUUAGAAGACCAACAAGUGUAUCAGAAAGAAGACAUAAAACUGGCAGUUCAGAUACAAUCGAAACCAGAACCAGAAGUUGUUUGGUUUAAAGGUGACGAAGAAAUCAAAACCAGCGAUCGAUACUUGAUCGAAAAAGACGGCGAUUUGUAUCUACUAAAGAUUAGUGGAGCAGUUACAACAGAUUCCGCUCGGUACAAAGUCAAAGCCAAAAACAUCCAUGGAACAGUCGACGAUAUAUGUUCUGUCGACGUGAAACGCGCCCCCAGAAUUCUGACACCCCUAGAAGACAUGACCGUAACAGAACAUGAAAAGAAUGUUACUUUGGACGUCAAAGUUGACGCCUUCCCAAAACCAACAGUUAAAUGGUAUCUGGAUGAGAUGGAAAUAAGUGAAUCGAGGUCAGAGUUUACAAGAAUCGAGUCUAAUGACGGUACCAAACUCGUAAUAAAAGAAGUUUCAAGCGACCUUUCAGGACGAUAUAAGGUCAAGGUGUCCAAUGAACUAGGGGAAACGGAAACCAGUGCCAAAUUGACUGUUAAUUGUGCUCCACGUUUCAUUAAAAAACUAAAGGAUACAGUCGUAAACGAAGGAUCAACCCUUACGUUACAAGUGGAGGUGGACGCAUGUCCGGAACCGCAAGUGAAAUGGUUACGUAAUGGCAAAGAAGUUUCUGCAGAUGCUCGCAUAAAAAUUACCAGAGACACUCAUCGCUACGAAACCUACAAUUUAGCAGUGAAUUUAAUAAAAUACGAAGAACAGGGAGAGUACGAAGUCAUUGUUACCAACGCACUUGGAACAAUUAGUUGCAAGAGCAACGUCACAGUACACAAAGUCGUUCAUAGCGAUGCAAUAGAAGACACUGAAGAACCUCCGAAGAAACUAAAAGUUGAGGUGGUGGAAAAUGAAGUUGACAAUGCCGAAGAUGAGAAAGAGGAAGAAAAAGAGGAAAAACCUCCUGAAAAGCGUAAAGUACAAUUUGUUGAAGAAGAACAGGAAAAACCAGUUCAACCUGAACCGCAAGAAAAUGAGGAUGCCAAAAAAGACGCCCGAAAGGCUUCUAUAGGAGAAGCACCAAAACCACAAAAACAAGAAGCAAAAGAAGUAACUGUUAAAGAAACCGAGCCGAUUAUCGAAGAACCCGAAUCUCCCAUUGUCCCGAAGAAAGCCCGCAGUGCUCAAAUAGAAGAAAUAACUGAAGAAACCUCGCUUAGGUCUCAUACCAUAUUGGAAGAAGAAGAAAGCGAUGAUAGUAGCGGAAGAUCUAGGAGAAGAAUCAAAUUGGAAACAACCGAAGAAAAAACAAUAACAAUAGAGCCUCAGGCACCCCAAGAAGAAGAAGAAACCCAAAAACCAACCCCCAAAAAGGCUAUUGUAUCACCACAAGAAGAAGAGGUAGAAAUUGUAGAAGUCAAAAAACCAGAACGAAAAUCUAGUAUCCAAGACGCAAAAUCUAAAGACGAACCGAAAAAACCAAAACUAGCAACAAAGGAAGACAUAGAAAUUGUAGAAAAUAAGGACUUCCAAAAAGAACCUUUAACACCUGUAGAAGAAAACGUUAAAACAUCUAAACCUGAUAAGGCCAAAUCUGUAACGAAAGAAGAAGCUGAAAUAAAAGAAAACGACGAUUUGAAAAAUUCAGAAAUGAAAUUAGACCACAAAGAAAUAGGCAGACAAGAGAGUCAGAAGGGGGUGAAAGACUACGGUGAAGAAAAAGAUGAAGCGUUAGAAGAUUUAUUAAAAAGAGCUGAAAGACAAAGAAGCCGCGUUGAAGAAAUCGAAAAGAAAAGUGAUCAGGCUGAAGGUAACAUACAAACAUACAUAACAGUAAAACACCUCGCACGUCACGCACAACUUACAACAUUCACAGCAACUAAAUUAAUAUCACAUGUUUUGUGGUACAAAGACGGAGACUUGAUACCGGAAGACGACGAAAGAAUUAAAAGAACUGUACUUCCUGAUGGUACCGUCAAACUAAACAUUGACAAGGUUCUUCCCGAAGAUAGCGGAGCUUACAAAUUAGUAAUCAAAAAUCCUAAUGGGGAAACCGCAGGACUAUGUGCUGUUGCAGUAGAUCAAAAACCUCAAAGACCAAAAUUCACCAAGUGCAUCAAAGACGUGAAAGCCUCUGUAGGAGAACCGUUGCGGCUUGAAGCCCAAGUUACAGCUUAUCCACCUCCGGAAGUAAAAUGGCAAAAAGACGGAUCACCCGUGAGAUCAGGCCAGAACGUCCACAUCGAACAACAUCCUGACGGUAGAAUAGCCUUAGUAAUUGACUCAGUAAAACCUGAACAAGCCGGAAAAUACACUCUUCUUGUAACAAACAAACAUGGAGAAGCUAUUAAUGACGCGAAAGUGUCAGUAGAGAAGAGACCCACAAAACCAAUCUUUGAAAAAUUCCUUUUUCCGACUUCAGUCGUCGAAGGAUAUCCGGUCAGAUUUGAAGUAAAAGCACAUGGAUUCCCUGAACCCAAAAUUAAAUGGACCAGAAACGGUGUUGAAAUAGUUCCUGACAAUAAACACAUCAAAAUCACCGAAUAUCCCGACGGAACCAGCGUCCUGGUUAUAGAAUCGUGUGAUCCAAUGCGAGACGCUUUGCUGUACAAAGCAGUGGCGUCCAAUGAGACAGGAGAAACGGAAACUUCGGCAGAAUUGACUGUCAAACCCGCCACCAAACUGGACCAGCCAGAAGAACGACCACUUUUGUUGCAUGCUCUAAGAGAUGUUAUUACCGAUGAAGGCGAACCUCUCGUUUUGGAAGCCCCUUUCACUGGAAAUCCAAUACCUUCGGUGGAAUGGAAAAAAGAUGGGGUUCUUCUAGAGCCAUCCGAUCGAAUAUUUGUGAGCUGCGAUGGUAGAAAGGUUGGUUUACAUAUAGCCUGCGCGAAGCCAUCCGAUGCAGGAGUGUACAGCGUCACAAUUACCAAUCCAUUAGGAAGUGACUCUUCAGAAGCCAAAGCCAUUGUUCAUAAAGUGUUUUCGCCUCCUAAGUUUACCCAAAGAUUUACCGAUUUGCAACAGAUGCCAAACAGAGACGCUAAAUUCCCUGCGAGGGUGUCGGGAGUUCCAACCCCUGAGGUCACAUGGUAUAAAGAUGGUAUUGAGAUACAGGAAUCUGAUAAAUAUCGUAUCAAAAGAGAUGGGGAUGCCUGUUGCUUAUACGUAUUGAAUUGCGAACCUUCUGAUAUCGGUCUGUACAGGGCAUUCGCUGUAAACAAGGAAGGAUCUGACACUUGCGAAGCGGCUCUUUCUGUUGUUAACGAAAUAAAGUCAGCCCAACGUUCUGAGGCUCCAUACUUUUUGAAACGCAUUGGAGAUACAGAAUUAUACAAAGGAAUGACAGCGAAAUUCACGGCUUGCGCCGCUGGUUUCCCGGAACCGAACGUAGAAUGGUACAGAGGCGACCAGAAACUAUAUCCAUCCGACAGAAUCAAAAUGGACAAGGAUACUGCAGGAUUGCUUCGCCUUACCAUCGCAGGGGUUGAUGCUGACGAUUUAGGAAGGUACUACUGCAAAAUCAGCAACGAACAUGGAAGUGAUGAAUGCUGUGCUACUCUCAGCUUUGAUGAUCUUGAUUCAAAGUCCAAACAUACCCCCGUCGACCAAUUUACCGAAUACAACAAAUACAAGAAAUCUGGAGCGCCAAUGCCCUUGUCUCAUCCACCAAUAAUUUCUCAAAUGACCGAUCGUCAUUGCACGUUGUCAUGGAAACCAUCAAUCCCAAGUGGUCCCAGGGUUCCCGUUACAUAUCAACUGGAAAUGUUGGAAUUACCAAACGGAGACUGGUUUACCGUUAGAAGCGGAAUCAGGAGUUGCACAUGUACUGUACGCAAUCUUGAACCAUUUAGAGAUUACAAGUUUAGAGUUCGUGUUGAGAACAAGUACGGACUUAGCGACCCAUCUCCGUUUGCAAUCACCCAUAGAGAGAGAUUGGAGCCGGAGUUGCCCAAGUUCCAACCGUAUCUACCACCAGAAAUCGAUUUCCGUCCGGAAACAUCACCUUACUUUCCUAAAGAUUUCGACAUAGAUAGACCUCCUCAUGACAGAAUGGCACAAGCUCCAAUGUUUCUUCGUCAGGAGCAUCCAGUUCAGUACGGGGUCAAAGACCAAAAUACUAAUUUGUUCUGGUUUGUUUAUGGGUAUCCAAAACCCAAGAUGUCAUACUAUUUCAAUGAUGAGCUGAUUGAAAGCGGCGGACGUUUUGACAUGAGCUACACAAGGAACGGACAAGCUACAUUGUUCAUUAACAAAAUGUUGGAUCGAGACGUCGGAUGGUACGAAGCAGUUGCCAGAAAUGAACAUGGAGAAGCAAGACAACGAGUUAGAUUGGAAUUGGCCGAAAAUCCCGAGUUUUUGAGAAGACCAGAUAUAAAUUACACCCAAUUACGAGGUAAAGCCGUAUUUGAAGCAAGAAUUAUUGGAAAACCAUAUCCAGAAGUUAAAUGGUACAAAGACUGGAAACCUCUUGCAUCUUCUAGCAGAAUAAAAAUCAAAUUUGUUGAACCCGAUCUUCAUAUACUGACAAUAGACGAUGUAAUUUUAAAAGACGAAGGUUUGUAUUCGGUGAGUGCAAGAAAUCUGGCAGGAACAAUUUCCAGCAGUGCGAUGCUUCACGUUGAAGAGAACGACAUGGAUUACAACUACUACGAUUACCGAAACGUACCAAAUAUCAAAGUUAAGAGGAAACCAUUCGACGAUUUCUACGAUCUUGGUGACGAAUUGGGUCGUGGAACUCAGGGUAUCACGUACCAUGCAGUAGAACGUGCCAAUGGUCGCAACUAUGCGGCAAAGGUGAUGCAUGGUCGCGGAGAAGUGAGACCAUUCAUGUUUAAUGAAUAUGAGAUUAUGAAUCAAUUGAAAAAUAGGAAAUUGAUUUCGUUGCAUGACGCUUAUGAAACUGACGACGGUCUUACCCUGGUAACUGAAUUAGCUGGUGGUGGUGAACUUGUUAAAGACAAUUUACUCAGACAGGAUUAUUACACAGAAGGGGAUAUUGCUGGUUAUAUCCGACAGCUGCUUCAGGGCCUGGAAUAUAUGCACGGAAGGGGUUAUGGACAUAUGGGAUUAACGUUGGGUGAUUUAUUGAUUUCUCAUCCUGGUGGUGACGACCUCAAAAUUGGAGACUUCGGUUUAUCAAGACGUAUCGCCAUGGGUGGUUUAUAUCCCUUGAGAUUUGGAGUGCCAGAGUACGUAAGUCCAGAAUGCGUUAGUGGAGAUCCCGUGGGAUUCGGCCACGACAUGUGGAGCGUUGGAAUUAUAACUUAUAUCCUACUUUCUGGACGUUCGCCCUUCUUGGGGCAAGAUGACAGAGAGACACUUACAAGAAUUAGAGAAGGAAAGUGGAGUUUCGAUGACGAAUGGUGGAGGAAUAUAAGCAGUGAAGGUCGCGAUUUUAUAUCUAGACUUCUCGUUUACAAACCUGGAGAUAGAUUAGACGUCCAUGCUGCAUUAAGACAUCCAUGGCUAGAACGAGCUGACAGAAUAGUUAAAGAUGAAUAUAGAAUAAGUACCACGUAUCUCAGUGAUUAUUACAAACUUUUAAGGGAAUGGUACGAUAAUGCAUCAUGUAGAAGAUGGUUCAGGCGACGACCCCUCGAGGGUGCCUUUACCCACCCUUCUCGUAUGGUAUAUCCACCAGGUGAAUACUACACCCCGCCACCCUCACCAGCUCCGAGAGACAGAAUCUCUAGGUCUCCAAAAACAUGGGAAGACCAAUUACCAACUCGAUCACCACUUAAUUACGAAAUUGGUCUCAUCAAAUCAGAAAGCCAUUACCAAAAUGGUCCAGACACGUACCUUCUUCAACUCAGAGAUGUGGACUUCCCCGUUCGUCUUCGGGAAUAUAUGAAAGUUGCAGCAAACAGAGGACCAGGAAGAAGCCUUGUUCUAUCUGACGAAAAUGGAUUUGAUUGGGAUUCGCCGGUUAUCAGAGAACGUCGAAGAUUUACAGACGUAAUGGAUGAAGAAAUCGAUGACGAACGUAAAGCAAGAAUAAAUCGUUACGGUGUUGACAAAACACAUACUUUCAGACGUCUGAGACACGAAAUUGGAACACGUUUGGACACUUAUGCAGAAGCCGAAGCGGUUAUGGAAAGCAAACAGGAAGGGCGUCUACCAUUCUUCAGGGAAAAACCUCAGAUUACAGCAAUGGAAGAAGGAAAAGAAUUGGAAAUUACAUGCUUUGCUGUUGGAGAUCCUAAACCACACGUCCAGUGGUACAAAAAUGAUACGAUCAUUGCUGAUUCUCAUCGUGUAAAAAUUGACACAGAUGAAGAGGGAAGGGCGCAUUUCAAACUAUGCCCUGCAUUAGGUUUCGAUUUGGGAAUGUACAAAGUCGUAGCUCGUAAUAAACUUGGGCAAACCGUUGCUUACACACGUAUUGUUUUGGGACAAGUCCCUGAUGCACCCGAUUCGCCGGAAGCGGCUCAAAAAUCCGACACUGAAGUGCUACUGACUUGGAAGCAACCAAAACAUGACGGAAACUCUCCGGUUCUAUGUUACAAACUACAAGUGAAAACUACCGAAGAAACAGAAUGGUCAGAUAGAGCUGCAAAUAUUGAUCACGAAUUCUAUUUGACCAGGGAUUUGCAACCAGAAACUGGAUACAUUUUCAGACUAGCAGCUAAAAAUGCUUUUGGUUGGAGCGAAUUCGGAAUUCCCUCCAAAGUGGUUAAAACGGAAUUAGGACAACCCAAGAUAAAACUGAACAAGGCGAUGGCCCAUCUUCAGGAAAUAACAAACAGCGGUGCUGAAGUAGAACCGGAAGUGAAAUUGAGACCCGAUUACACAUUUGAAUCGAAACCUGUUGAAUGGCGACUUGGAAGUCCUGAACAAAAUUAUGAAUUUAUCUCUGAAAUUCACAGUUGGGCAGAGUCUAGGUGUAUUUUGUAUUUUUUUUUAAAGGUUUUAGAUGCCCUUCAGUAUCUACACUGGAGAAACUUAUGCCAUUUGGACAUUCAACCUGACAAUGUUGUCAUGUGUGGAGUAAGAUCCGUCCAAAUUAAAUUAGUUGACAUGGGUUCUGCCCAUCGCGUUACAAAACUAGGUACUAAAGUUCCUAUAGUAGGCCAUCCCGAUUACAUUUCCCCCGAAGUACUAAAUGGAGAAUUGGCCUUUCCGCAAACAGAUAUUUGGAGUGUAGGGGUGCUGAUGUACGUGUUACUUUCUGGGAUGGCGCCAUUUAAGGGCGAAGACGACGGUGAAACGCGUCAAAAUAUAUCAUUUGUUCGUUAUCGUUUCGAGUAUUUAUUCAAUGAAGUUUCACAGGAAGCAACGAGAUUUUUGAUGCUCCUCUUCAAACGCAAUCCAACGAAACGACCUACGGCGGAAGAAUGUCACGAGAACAGGUGGUUGUCACCCUCUGACCACAUGAUAAAGAAGAGAGAGCGGGCAGUAUUUUUAGGAAAUAGGUUAAAAGUAUAUUCUCAACAAUACCAUCUUGAGAAGAGCACGUCCGUCGAAGGAAGAAAAACAGGGUUGAAAAGUUUAAUAAAAGCAGAACUAGUCAAAUCGGACAGCAUAACAGAUGAAUUAUUAACUGCGCCGUAGUAAUUUAAUAUAUUAUUGUUUCAAUCAUAAUACUAUAAUUUUUAUUCUUUUCUUACACAUCUACAUGUUAUUUUAAAAUAAUGUACAUAUCGAUUAUAAAUAAUUAAUUUAUAUUUAUUGCAACUUAUUUUUGUUCGCGUCUGAGAUGACGGCGUUGUUUGUAAAGAUUUUAAUUCUUAAUUUAACGAAACGUUGAUUUGGGUUUAUCCUUAUUGUGAAAGUAUGUUUAGAAAUUCUUAAAAAAAAAUGUAAUCAUCGAUUUACAUUAUUAAGAGACUUGUGUGAUCUGUACAAACUUUGAUAAUAACAAUAAAAAUAUACAACUGAAUAUA